AUGAGUGGAACGAUGAGAAACAAAGUGCAGAGGAAAUGCAAAAUGAGAGGUUAUACUCUUAAAGUAGAAGCCCUAAACGAGAUCCUUUCUUUCUUGAGCAACUAUGAAGAUGCCGAAGAUGAAGCUCUUGAUCUCCUCCUCGAUGAACUCCAACACCAAUCAUCUAGGGUAGCAGUGAAGUCUUCAAUUCUGGAUAAGGAGCCUGUACAGCGUGUCGUAAGCCUGCUUUGUGAAGCUGGAUCUGCAGCUGAGGAUAAUCUUAGUACAAGUACGACUUCAUCUUUCAGCGUAAUUGACGCCUUUCUCAUUCCAAAGUUCCGCUAUGAUCCUAUCAGAAAGAUGUUUUGCGAACACACAGGGAGACUUCCGAUUCACGGUGAUGCUCCUGCAAAAGCUUGGCUGUACAGGGAUAGAUUUCUUUUGUUGUCUCAGAGGCUAUCUCGUAUUCCACAAUUUUCUAGUCCUUCAUUUAAUACUGAAUUAUCUGAGUUUGGGAGCUGUCAGAUAUCUCAAAUUCAAUCUCUGGUUGGACGUACUGGAAUAAGCUGGGUGAUGGGUGUCAUAUCUCAAUUGGAAGAUGGCCACUUUUACCUGGAAGACCUUACGGCAGCUGUUGAAAUCAAUCUGUCCAAUGCAAAGAUAACAACAGGGUAUUUUUCUGAGAACACCAUAGUUUUAGCUCAAGGGGAGAUGAUGUUAGAUGGUACUUUCCAGGUUCAAACAUUUGGUUUUCCACCAUUAGAAGACAGAGAGAAGUCAGCCUCUAUGUUUACGGGGCUUGAUUAUUUCGGUGGUGGUACACUUCCCAAAGAGGACACUCUUAGACUUGCAGAGAUGGAAUCAAGAGCAGUCAAUGAAAUGUUUGUCAUACUGUCUGACAUAUGGCUGGACCAUGAGGAGACCAUGGCAAAGCUAGAGACUGUGCUAGAUGGUUAUGAAGAUGUUGAGGUGGUUCCUUCUCUCUUCGUGUUGAUGGGAAAUUUCUGUUCCCAUCCAUUUAACCUUUCAUAUAAUUCUUUCUCAAGUAUCAGAUUGAAUUUUGGAAAACUUGGGCAAAUGAUUGGAAACCAUCCACGGUUGAAAGAGCACAGUAGAUUCCUUUUCAUUCCUGGACCUGAUGAUGCAGGCCCUUCAACGGUUCUACCUAGGUGUGCGUUACCCAAAUAUAUAACUGAAGAGCUCCAGAAGCACAUCCCAAAUGCCAUUUUUGCAAGCAAUCCAUGCAGAAUCAAGUUCUAUACUCAGGAAAUAGUAUUUUUCCGCCAGGAUCUACUUUACAGAAUGAGACGAUCUUGUUUGAUUCCUCCUUCAACAGAAGAAACCAGUGAUCCUUUUGAGCAUCUUGUUGCUACCAUAACACAUCAAAGUCAUCUCUGUCCUCUUCCUUUGAGUGUACAGCCAAUUAUCUGGAAUUAUGACCAUUGUCUCCACCUCUAUCCAACUCCACAUACGAUUGUAUUGGGUGACAAUAGCGAACAGAAGGCUUUCAAGUACACCGAUAUUACUUGCUUCAAUCCGGGUUCUUUCUCAAAUGACAGCACUUUUGUGGUAUAUCGACCUUGCAAUCGAGAAGUUGAACUCUCGGCCCUCGAUGCUUAAAUACCCGAUCAUCCGUUAUCAGUCUUGUGAACUAAAGAAACAAAGUAUUUAUAAUGAUCAUACACAGUUCCAGAAAUUAGCGUUUCUUGUUUUUAGGUCGAUUCCAUGAUUAAUUUUUCGAGUUUGCACGCAUGUAACGUAAA